CCUAGCUUCAAUAACGCAUUAGCGUAUAAUAAUUUGUGAUCUCAUUAUCAUUGACUGUAACAAUUUUUGAAUUGAUCACAAAUAGAGACGACGACAUGAUGGAUAAAUAAGAUAUUUAGCGGAUCCUUAACCUCAACAAGCUCUUCCUAAUCUAUCCGAAAAAAAAGUUGGGAGACAACCGCGAAUUGAUAGCAACUCCAAAAAAAAGGCUGACGGAGAAAAUCGCUCUUCAAACUCUCUCGUAAUCAAACACCGUUAUCCGUCACCAAACCACAAACCAAGCCAACUUCUCGUCGGCUGGGAGAUUGGUUCCAAUUGGAUUCUUUCUUACUCUCCUUCCCUAAUUAACCUCCCCUCACUACUCAAUCCCCUCAAUCCGAUCAAGAUGUCGCGAUAUCUCCGCCCGGCUGCUCGACUAGCAGCUUCUGCUCGCGCCACCGUAGCUCCCCGAGCUCUAAACAAGUUCGCACCUGCCUCAUUUACCGUCUCCCAGCGAAGAACGUUCGCCGAUGUAAAGGGAACUAAGGAUUACACCGUCCGUGAGGCCCUAAACGAGGCCAUGGCUGAGGAACUUGAGGCAAACGACAAAGUCUUCAUUCUCGGCGAGGAGGUUGCCCAGUACAACGGAGCAUACAAAGUUACGAAAGGUUUAUUAGAUCGCUUUGGUGAUAAGAGAGUUAUUGACACGCCCAUUACGGAGAGCGGUUUCUGUGGUUUGGCUAUUGGUGCUGCUCUAAGCGGUUUGCAUCCUGUCUGCGAGUUCAUGACCUUCAACUUCGCUAUGCAAGCUAUCGACCAGAUCGUCAACAGUGCCGCCAAGACCCUCUACAUGUCCGGUGGUAUCCAGCCCUGUAACAUUACUUUCCGUGGACCCAACGGUUUCGCCUCUGGUGUUGGUGCUCAGCACUCUCAAGAUUACAGCGCUUGGUACGGUUCGAUCCCCGGUCUUAAGGUUGUCUCUCCCUGGUCUGCCGAAGAUGCCAAGGGUCUGUUGAAGGCUGCUAUCCGCGAUCCUAACCCCGUCGUCGUCCUCGAGAACGAGCUUCUGUAUGGUCAAACUUUCCCCAUGUCCGAGGCUGCGCAGAAGGACGACUUCGUCAUUCCGUUCGGAAAGGCCAAGAUUGAGCGCCAGGGCAAGGACCUUACCAUUGUUUCUCUCUCGCGUACCGUUGGCCAGUGCUUAGUCGCAGCUGAGGGUCUUAAGAAGAAGUAUGGUAUCGAGGCUGAGGUUAUCAACCUGCGAUCUGUCAAGCCCCUAGAUAUUGAGAGCAUUGUCCAAUCGGUCAAGAAGACCCACAGACUUAUUUCUGUCGAGUCCGGAUUCCCCUUCGCCGGUAUGGGUGCCGAGAUUCUUGCUACUACUAUGGAGUACGCUUUCGACUACUUGGAUGCCCCCGCGCAACGAAUUACUGGUGCUGAGGUCCCCACUCCCUACGCCCAGGGCCUCGAGCAGUUGAGCUUCCCGACCGAGCAACUCAUCGAGGACUUCGCCGCGAAGGUAUUACGCGUGUAAAUGAUGAAAAAGAGCAUUGACAACAUAGAAGGGGAGUUUGAGGCAUGAGCAAUGUACAAUAUUAAUCAUUUACUAUCUGGUACAUGUGAUAACUGGAUUAGGUGUCUCGAAGACGGCGGUGUCAUUCCCACGACGAAAAAGGAUUACAUUGGUUUAACAUGAUGCAUCUUCCCUAUGCUUUUUUACGUGCCAUCUAAGCCUUUCGCCAUUUUAACCAACACAUUUCAGGAGUAGUUCAUGUGCGCUCCAAAUCCCGAGGAGACACUAGUGCAAGAAUGAGGGCAUUCGAUAUGCGGUUAGACCGGUGUA